AUGCCAUCGACGAUCCCCUUCGUCGGCCAUUCAAUCCAAUUCAGCAAGUCACCUGUAGAAUUUCUAACAGCAGCUUACUUCAAACACGGACCAGUGUUCAGCUUCACGAUGGUCGGCAAGACGUUCACCUACCUGCUGGGCUCGCAGGCAUCAGCCCUAUUCUUCAGCAGUAAGAACGAAGACCUGAACGCUGAGGAGGUCUACGCCAAGUUGACGACCCCUGUUUUUGGCAAAGGAGUGGCUUAUGAUGUUCCAAACAAUGUCUUUCUAGAGCAGAAAAAGUUGUUGAAAACGGGUUUCAGCAUAUCUCGAUUCAAACACCACGUCCAUCUCAUCGAGCGUGAACUUCUUGAAUAUUUCAACCGGUGGCAACACGAGGGAGAGGCAGAUCUGUUUGCUUCGCUAUCGGAACUGAUCAUUUUGACAGCCAGCUCCUGCCUUCACGGAAAAGAAAUAAGAAGUUUGUUGAGUGAGGAUGUUGCGCAGUUGUACUGGGAUUUAGAUGCAGGCUUCUCCCACCUGGCCUGGGUCCUUCCGGCCUGGUUCCCCUUGCCCAGUUUCAAAAGACGGGAUCGGGCCCACAGGAAGAUGAAGGAGUUGUUUCUCGAGGCCAUCAGGAUGAGGAGGUCAUCACAGACGAAGGAGGACGACAUGCUCCAAACACUGAUUGAUGCUUCCUACAAAAAUGGUAGAGCGUUGAGUGACGAUGAAAUAUCCGGAAUGCUGAUUGGAUUGUUGCUGGCAGGUCAGCACACCUCAUCAACUACUGCAUCGUGGCUGGGUUUCUUCAUUGCGAAACAUCAGGACAUCCAGGAUGCCCUUUAUGAGGAACAAAGGAAAGUUUUUGGUAAACAUGCAGAUGGUGAACAUGCAAAUGGUGAGCAAUCGCAUGGACAUUUGUCAUACGAUGGUUUAAAGGAAUGUCAUCUGCUGGACCUUUGCUUGAAAGAGACGUUGAGGAUGAGGCCACCAAUCGUGACGAUGAUGAGGAUGUGCAAGACACCUCAGAAAAUCUUGAACUACGUGAUACCAGCCGGCCAUCAAAUCUGUGUGUCCCCGACAACGAACCACAGGCUUCCCGACACGUGGCACCAGCCUCAAUUCUUCGAUCCUUAUAGGUCGUUUAUGGACAAGUUUGUGUACGUACCGUUCGGAGCGGGUAGGCACAGGUGCAUCGGAGAAGCAUUCGCCUACGUUCAGAUCAAGUCAAUAUGGUCUUACCUCAUUCAAAAGUUUCAUUUUGAACUGGUGGGUGGGAAGUUUCCUGAAGUCAAUGUAACAACCAUGAUCCACACACCAAGCGACCCUAUCAUCAGAUACAGGCGGAGAUAA